AACAGUGCGUGGAGUUUGUAACAACGCGACGAUGUGCAGCAAGGCUCACGGAUGUACCCUUGACGAUAACAACAACGACUUGUGUUUAUGCAACAGCGGCUACACGAUCAACCAGAACUCACUGACCUGCAAUGAUAUUAAUGAAUGCUCAGCGGGACUGGCCAAGUGCUCUCACACCUGUAUUAACACACCUGGCAGUUUCACCUGCAGCUGUCCUGUCGGAAUGAAGCUGGAUAAUAACGGACUGACAUGCUCCAAUUGUUUCCCGGGGACAUUCGGACCUAAUUGCAAUCAAGUGUGCGCAUGCGCAGCCGGCGCAGAACGCUGUGACAUUGCUUCCGGUUGCGUGUGUCGUCAAGGUUAUGAAGGUGACAAGUGUGACAAAGAUGUUAAUGAGUGUCAGUCAGGAAUGUUGCCUGCUAAUUGUACAGGAUCAAACGUAGAAUGUGUCAACACUAAUGGAGGCUACACGUGCGGGUGUCGUCAGGGAUUCGCUGCAGACAGCAACGGCGUUUGUCAAGAUAUUAACGAGUGUCUCGAGUCUGACUGCGACCAGCACUGCAACAACACCAUCGGCAGCUUCCACUGCUCGUGUGAUCAAGGAUUCUAUUGGGAUGAAGACACACAGACAUGCAAAGAUGUGGACGAAUGCGCGUCCCUGCAGAGAAAUGUUUGCACUCAAAGCUGUGAGAACACCGCCGGCUCCUACCGCUGCUCCUGUGACGUCACAGGAUACAUCCUCAACAACGACGGCUUUCACGUGCAGAGCACUCACCGUCUGCCAGAGAACUGACUGCGAUGACGUCAAUGGGGGAUGUGCUGUGGAAACAAACGGUGAGAUUUGCUUCUGUAACAGCGGUUAUCAUCUGGAUUCGGAUGGAGUUUCUUGCAGCCGUGCUCAAGUUUCAGAAACUACUGAGAAUUCUACACAAGAAGUUACUACUGGCAGUGCUACACAAGAAGUUACUACUGUCAGUGCUACACAGGAGGCUACGUCUCAGACUGUGGGAAACACACCAGAGCUCUCGACGGACAUCAGCAGGAGCACUACAACAUUGUCGUCUUCCUCGGUGCAGACGGCAUCCGUCAUCGGUGGAACCCUUGUAGGUGUUGUGGCUGCUGCUGCAAUGCUGAUGAUAGUAGAACUGAAUCUAUAAGGCAUCUUUGCAGUUUGAUUAUAGGUGGAAAGCUGAAAUGUUUUCUGAUUUAUUUGAAGAACUUGUGCCCAGGCUGCUAAAACUUUAGUAUUUGUGCGGUUUGCUUAGAACACUGCUCAUCUUGGUUAGAACACUGACAUUUGAACUCAUGUGUGAUCCACUUAUCUGUUAAAUAUUUCCGGGCUAUUAAUAGCUUGUAACUUAAAAAAAAACAACUAUCAGGAGUCUUUUAUACACAAAGAAAAAUGUAAUGCGUUAAUGGCGAAAGUAACAUGUUCGAGUCGUUACACACACUGUUUGGCGCUUUAUUAUGUAAACAAUCAUGUGGCAGUGUAUACCCCAUAUUUUUGGAAGCUAUUUACUGAAACAUUUUUUUCUUUAUUAAACUGAAUAUACUUAGCACAUGUGCUGUCUGUUUUUUUUUUUUUUUUAAAUCCAGCUUCCAGAUGUUCUCUACACUAUCAUUGUAAUCUAUGCUUUGGUUAUUGCAUUGCUGUCGCGUAUUCUUUUCUUUUCUGCAUAAGUUAAAAUCUUUCCCAACCUGUUCAACAUAUUAAAUGUUUGAGGUUUACAAAUUUUAUAUUAUGGUGGAGUCUGAAGAGGCUAGACUGAUCCACGUAAACAACAGUAGGAGUGUGAAAAAAUCCCAUUGCAGUAGAAAACAAAGUAUCACUCUGUCUGUAAAAAUAUUUUUAUUUAGAUUGUUGUUAUAUGUACAGUAUUGUUUACAUGAAUCAAUUGAUGUGGAUUUUAUAAAUUUAUAAAUUUAUGUUUUAGAGUAUGCAGUCUCCUAAGAAUUCUUGUUGCUCUUAUUUUUGUUGUUGUUAUUAUUAAUUAAUCAUAUAUAUAUAUAUGUUAAUGUCUUUGUCAUAGAUUGUUUUAGUGACAUGAGCGAAGCAGUAGUCUUUGCUUGAAAGAAAUGAAGAUGCAGACAAACUUAACUGCUGUUUUCUAUUUAAUGUGGUUACUUUCUAGCUAGUCUGCUUGUUACUCUGUCAAAUUACUUACAAUAAUGACAUGUAGGAAGCGAAAUUUUAAUGGAUUUAAAUAUAAAAUUCCAAUAAAUUAUUACACUUUA